AUGCUCGCCGUUAGAUUCAUCGCUGCAUGGACCGUCUCCUUUGUUCCUUGCUGUACUUGGGCCACCGUUGUUUCAGUAGUCCUGUGGCCACCGCCAACGAGCUUAUUGUUCAACGGACAUUUCUUGUUCAUGGCUUCGAAUAUUCCUACACGGCGUGUAACGCGGACGACUCGUAUGACAACUCUGAAAGAUAACGAGAAUGCCAAUGCUCGUCCAUCGCGUCUUACUGCUCGAGUGAAACCCCCAUCAUCGAAUGGCUCUGGUACUGCUACGACAGGCGGUCUGACCCGAGCUACUGCUGCAACCGCUGCAUCUCGAGCAAAGGCGAACGGUAAUGAUGAGAACAAGGUCGAUCUCGCCGCUCAAGGGAAGAGAAAGCGUGAGGCUCUGGGAGAAGUCACAAAAUUCGUGAACAAGAACAAAACCACUAACGUCCCAGCUAAGGAAGUCAAAGGGAAAGGGAAAGAAGCUGCUCCCGUUAAGGAGGUUAAGGAGAAAUUCGACGGCGUCGUGAUUCAGUCGAAACCAUCGCUGGUCGCUGCAGCAAGACAACCGUUGCGUACUGUCUCAGGCUCUACGACACGUCGUGCCACAAGAAGCACAGUUGUGGCACCUCAAGGGCAGAAUCUGGACAAGGUGAAGGAGGAGUCCGGAAAGGUUGCAGAUGAAGAUGCCAUGGCAAUCGAUGACCAUCCAACUACCAAUGCUGCUCCCUCAGCAGAACCUCAGCCACGCCGGGUCUCGACGAGACGUUCGGGUUUAGCUUCGCAAGCAGCUGUAGACGAGACUCGUCCAUCAGAGAUUCCAACUCGCCUGCCAACUCGGCCCCCUGCAAAGCACGAGGAUGACGUAGAGGACAAUCGUGUCUUUAAGAAGCGGCGCACGUCUUCAGACAUUCCCGACGAAGCGAAACUCUUCGAACAAGAACAGUUACAACAGGAAGCCGAAGAAGUUGCUGCUGCUCUUGAAGCUUACGCCGAUAGUGAACCAGAGGCAGAUCCCUACGGUGACCAGUGGGAUGACCUCGACGCCGAGGAUGCAGACGACCCUUUGAUGGUUAGCGAGUAUGUGAUCGAGAUCUUCAACUACAUGAAAGAGAUCGAGCUUACCACUAUGCCCAACCCGAACUACAUGGAAAGCCAGAAAGAGCUCGCGUGGAAGAUGCGUGGAAUCCUCACUGACUGGCUGGUCCAAGUCCACGUCCGUUUUCGUCUUUUGCCGGAAACGCUGUUCUUGUGCGUUAACCUUAUCGAUCGAUUCCUUUCCGCACGUGUUGUCUCCCUCGCAAAGUUGCAACUAGUCGGUAUCACUUGCCUUUUCGUCGCGGCAAAGGUUGAAGAAAUCGUGGCUCCAUCCGUUGCGCACUUCUUGUACUGUGCCGAUUCUUCGUACACCGAGACUGAGAUCCUCCAAGCAGAGCGCUAUGUCUUGAAGACGCUUGACUGGAAUUUGAGUUAUCCCAACCCAAUGCACUUCUUGAGGCGGAUCAGCAAGGCAGACGAAUAUGACGUGAAGGCUCGCACGAUUGCCAAGUACUUCCUCGAAAUUCAAUGCCUAGAGUGGAGAUUGUUGGCUGCACCUCCAUCAUUGAUAGCUGCUGCUGCUAUUUGGCUUGCUAGGCUGAUUUUGGGUCAGGAUAAGUGGACUCCGAAUCUUGCUCAUUACUCGUCCUACGCCGAGAGUACCAUCAUUCCUACCGCAAACUUGAUGCUGAACUACGUUCUCAAACCUAUCAAGCACGAGUCGUUCCACAAGAAAUACGCUGGCAAGAGAUUUUUGAAGUCAAGUAUUUGGGUUCGGGACUGGGCAUUGGAAAGGUGGUCGGAGGGUACUCAGGUGGCACUAUUGGAGGAACUGCCGAUGUUGAAAGCACAAAACCGUGCCGAACGGGCACGAGCAGAGGCUGCCGCAGCCGUCACAGCUGUUGAGGCUGGCGAAGAGUAUCUCGAAGAGUCAUAAUGAAGGCCCGUGCAAGUUACUCCUGCCUCGGACUGGCUGAAAAUUUCCCUACCUUCCAUCAUUCCCAUCCAUAGUCGACUGACAAAAAUGCAUUUACCAUGGACACCUUAUACAAGCGCAACCACUCAUCCUAUCGCAUACACCACACCACGCAUCUCUGUUUAUUUCUUUCAAACCACACAAUCUCCCUUCGACAUCCGUUUUGUGUUUUUAUUGUUGAUCUUAUGAUUAUCAAAUGGUUUUUUUUUUACAACCGCGUUGUCUCUUCGCCUCACAGUGCCUAUGCUGAUCCGUGUUUUGCCCUGUGUCUUAUCCACAUCGACGGAAACCCGUGUUCCCGGAUAACCUUGUGGUUGUUAACGUCGAAUUGAUUUGACCUCGUCUUCGCUCUGUCUUCUACCUGCACGGAUCAUUUCUAUCGCUGGCCUGCUGUUUGCUCCGUGCGAUACCUUUGCAAUGUCAUCAUACACAUCAAAUCAUAUCUCCAGUUCUACAUCACGCUACCCCUCGCUACUAGCAGCCUUCUUGUGGCAUGUGCUCUCUCCGCUCGCUAUCCGGUGCAUCUACUUGUGUGCCACCGUCGUAUCGGUCUUUGUGUGCUCGAUUUGUUCUUCUAGUGCAUUUCGCGGUUGCCACUCGUCGCUAGCUAUCCAAACUAUCAUGGUAUAACUGCAUGAUUUCAUUCGCUCCUCUUUGAAAAUGGCAUGUUCAUAUCACUUCAUACCGUCUAGUUUGACACCAGUCCCCCUCCCGC